UGUAGCAGUGACGUGAACAGAGACGCCAAGGGUUUUUGUAAAGAUGGCGGGUAAGGACGGGGGUGGUAAAAUGUUGGAUUUUGCAGACAGUAGGCAGGUUUCGCUUCCAAUCUCCAGGGUGAAGUUGAUUAUGAAGAGCUCUCCCGAUGUUUCCAACAUUAAUCAGGACGCACUCUUUCUCACUGCCAAAGCAACGGAACUGUUUGUCCAGUAUUUGGCCACCUACUCUUAUAAGAAAGGCACUGGACGGGAGACCAAGUGCUUAACCUAUGGUGACCUGGCGAGGUCCCCCGAGGAGUGCGACACCUUUCAGUUCCUGGCAGAUAUUCUUCCAAAAAAGAUUCUGGCACGUGACUACCUUAAGUUACUUGAAGAGGAGGAGAAGGGGGAUGAAGGUGACGGAGAGGAAAGUGAUGACAGUGAUUAGCAUUCGAUAGGGUUAUGAAACUUGUGGAGUAACUGUGUGUGUCAUUUUCCUGGUAGCAGACUCCGGGCUUCUUGCAGAAUCUGAUGACCACGGAAGUGUAUUAAUUAACUGUUAUGAACCAGACUACCAGCAUUCUUUUGAGGGCUUUAAAAACCUUUGUUUCCAAGGAAUAAGUUUUUUUUUUUUCCUGCUAAGAGUCUGCUGUUUCCUCCUUUUGCAUUCGCAGUUUCACCUGUUCUAGGUUUUAAUACGAGCUUGAUUAGCCACAGUGUAUUGGUAUUAAGCUCAGGUGUGUCUUAUUGGACUCUUAGUAAAACUGGCAAUGGAUCAAACUGCUAUGCAGUGGGAGUCAUAUUUCUAUUCCUGGUGUAGAUCACUUUUUAUUUUUAUUUUUGUGCGAACUGAAUCACAUGGCCAAUGCCACCUUGAAAACAGUGUUGCUGCAAAAAGUGAGUGUUGGAUUUUUCAAACUGAUCCAUGAUCUGCUGUGGGAUGUCUGGCUUUGAAUAUAUGCCAGACUCUUUGAACAACCUGAUUAUAAUACACAUUGUUUCCAGUGGAGUCAUUCAGAGCAAA